AGAUUUGGCUAACAAUCUAGAGUCUCCAUUUUCUUUAGAGGUUGAAGAUGUUGGAGGCAAUACCUCAGAGUUAUGGUAGUCACACUUCCUUUUUGUAACAUUUCUUCCACCUUACAGAUGGAGAGGGUAGCCUAUGAAGUCAUUGUGGUUGAUGGAAAGCUCUUAUUCAAGCAAAUAGGGAAGCUCCUUCACUCCACUGGCAAUGCUAAGUGGAUAUUUGUUCUUAGCACAUCAAAGACCUUGUAUGUUAGCCAGAAGAAGAAAGGCACAUUUCAACACUCGAGCUUCCUGGCUGGAGGAGCCACAAUUGUAGUUGGAAGAUUAGUUGUUGAAGAUGGAAUUCUAAAGGUGUUGUCAUUAACAUAGUAGCUGCCAUUAACAUGGUAGCUGCCAUAACAUAUCUCACUUACUUGGUUUAAUUCACUACUUUAGUGCUUUUCUUUUGUUGAAAAAGUUUCCUAAUGAUUUUUUUUUUUUUUUUGGUUACUUUCACUAGGUAGUUUAGUCUCACAGUGGUCACUAUCAACCAACACCAGAAAAUUUCAAGUACUUUACUUCAUUUCUUGCAAAGAACAACACGGAUCUUACCAACAUUAAGGUGAAAAGUAGAUGAAAAUUUUUUAUGUUCUUUUUGUUUGUUAGAGAAAUUUAGAAGAGAAUAUGCUGAAAUUACUUCUUUUGUUAUAUUCAAAUAAGUGCAGCUGAUAAGG